AUGAGAACGAAACCAACUCUUUCGUUUUCGAAGUUGGACGAGGAGACGGGAGCCAUGUUGGAUAAUAUGUUCGAUAAAAAGGACUGCAUGGUGGAGAUUAAUCCUGGCCGCGUGAUUCUACCCGCAGACUAUAUGACUAUAGGGCAGGAUAUACUGGAUAUGGAGGUGCUGGAUAGCGACGUCUGGAUGUGUUCUUACCCGCGGACUGGGUCAACUUGGGCACAAGAAAUGGUGUGGCUCAUUGGACACGACUUGGACUACGAAGGUGCAAAAUCAAUUCAACAAAUCCGCUGUCCUCUGGUCGAGCUGAGUUGUAUAAUGGUGGAUGGCCACGCAGAAUGGCACGACGAGUCCGUUAAAGGGACCUCCGUGGACCUGGUGAAGUAUCGCCUGCCUCACCCGAGGUACAUUCGUAGUCACUUGCCCUGGGAUUUGCUGCCUGUUGAUAUUGUGAAGGAAGAUGGCACAGCUAAACCGAAGGUAAUCUACACUUCACGGAACCCUAAAGACAUGGUGGUCUCCUAUUACCAUUACUGUACCUUGGUUCACGGGCUUCGAGGGACGUUUGAAGACUUCUGCGAUUUGUUCAUGAGAGAUCGCGCACCCUUCGGUCCUGUUUGGAAUCAUAUUCUAGGGUUUUGGAAGCGUCGUGAUGACCCAAACAUUCUCUUCAUAAAAUUCGAGGAAAUGAAACGCGACCUGCCCAUGGUUGUAAGGAAAACCGCGAAAUUCCUUGACAAAGAUAUGUCAGACGAGCAGGUGGAUAAGCUGUGUGAUCACUUAUCCUUCCAGAAUAUGAAGCAAAACCGUGCUGUAAAUUUGGAGGGUAUUCUUGAAAAGUCUUUCGGCAAGAGCUACUUGGAACAGACGCCAUUGCGAUUUAUCCGAAAAGGGGAGAUAGGAGAUUGGAAGAACUACAUGUCAGAUGAUCUAUCUAGAAGAUUCGAUGAUUGGGCUGAAAAACAUUUGAAGGGAACCGAGUUGAGUUUCGAAUAA